ACUCACUGGCUAACUCGCUGUGUAUCGCUGCUGUGCCGACACGUGGGUGGGUGUGAUGUCGAUCUAGCUGUGGCCAAGCGACACAAAGAGACGGGAGGAGGGGAGUAGGAGUGACGGGCUGUUCCCGAGCGGAGCCGGGGAAGCGGAGAGAUGCACAGCCCCGGGUAACCUGUGGUUUCAAGAUAAGAAGUUGGUGGGGAAAUAUUUACAAGCAGAAGAUGAGAGCGUGUGGUUGUGUGCCAACACCUCAAGGCUGAGACUGCCGAGAGCUGGUCAAGUUGUUUGCGAGUGUGUGGGUCGCCGAGAGCCGCUGGAACUGGUGUAGUAGGUGCGGGGACUCGGGACACAGCGAGAGUGUGGAGCCGGCGGGGCGGCGGAGCUCGCUCAGCGCCACGAUGAUGGUACCAGGAGUGUCCUUGCUCUUGGCUCUGGUCGAUCACGUCCUGGUAGAUGAUGUCACCCCACCAGACAGCUGCCUGUCAGUGGCCAUGCAGUGCUCUCUGGACCCCAGCUGCACCACAAGGUUCCACACGCUGAAGCAGUGCGCAGCCAGCAAUGCAGCGGGUUCCCUGCAGCCUGCAGCCGGCAAUGACUGCAUGGCUGCCGCCUUCGCACUUCAGUCCCACCAGCUCUUCACGUGCAAGUGCAAAAGGGGAAUGAAAAAAGAGAAGAACUGCCUGCAGAUAUUCUGGACCAUACACCAGAGCCACGUCCCAGGUUACAAUGAGUUUGACACAUCGCCCUAUGAGUAUUCAGUGUCUGCCCCUUUGUGGGAUUUGGACUUUGGCAGACUCGCUUCACUGGUUUCAGAAGGGACCAAGGUUCAGCCACCAGCAAGUGUGAACCACUGCUUGGAUGCUGCGCAAGCCUGCAACGUGGAUGAGAACUGUAAGCAGUUCCGCACAGACUACGCCAAGAACUGCCUCAAGCCCACCUCCAGAUUUGGUUGCAACAGGCACAAGUGCCACAAAAGCCUUCGCCGCUUCUUUGACCAUGUGCCGGAGGAAUACAAGUACCCCUUCCUGUUCUGCCCCUGUGAAGACAGCGGAUGUGCUGAGCGCCGACGCCAGACCAUCGUACCCGCUUGCUCCUUCGAGGAACCCGAGAAACAGAACUGCUUGAGGCUGCAGGACAUGUGCAAGGAAGACACCAUUUGCAGAUCCCGACUGGUGGAUUUUCAGACUAAUUGCCAGCCGACUAAGAAGUCUACCAGCUCUUGUUUCCGGCAAAACUAUAAUGCCUGCCUCCAGUCAUACACUGGCCUCAUCGGUACUAUUCUGACACCAAACUACAUGAGCAACAGCAGCUCUAAUGUCUCCAUAUGGUGUACGUGUGACCACAGUGGCAACCAGCGUGAAGAUUGUGAGAAUCUACUGAGCCUUUUCACAAGCAACAUCUGCCUUGGAAAUUCUAUUAAUUGGUACAGCAGCUCUACAGUGUUUCGCACAUCAGAUAAUGAAUACCCUGCAGUAACAUCUACUCAACAAUUAUCGUUCAACUUCCCAGACAAGGACGGGCCAAACAGUAAUGUUAGUCCAUUAGUCAAACUGGACUCGAAUAUGGAUUGUGAUCAUGUUGGCAAGCCGAAGGCUUCUCCAGGAAAGUCGAUGUCUGAGGAAAUAACUGACUGUAAUGCGAGUUCAGGAACAACCAUCCAGAGUCUCUCCCCAGCAACAUCCCGUGUUCUCUCAUCGUUCUACAUCUUCAUAGUCAUUGUGGAAAAUGCCAUUUGAAAGGAAGCAACAGGACUUUUUAUGAAGACACAAGGAGAGACGAGCUUGGUUUUUAACUUCACUUGUGUCCCAUGCUAAUUGUGCUUGCUUUUAAAACCUCAAACAAAUGCCCGGAACACAGCUUAAAAGGAGAAAAUAGUUUACAAAAAUAGCCUAUCAAUUUAACAUUUCUAAGGUACAAACUAGAAAUGUAGUCAGGCUAACUCAGUUUCCAGAUUUAACUCUCAUAUUUAUAUAAUUCCCUAAAGUUAUAACAAAUCAACAUUUCUUUGCCUAGUUUCCAGCACUAGGUGCAACCAAUGAAUGUGUAACCAAUUGAAUGUGUAACCAAUUGAUAGGAUGGGCUUAGUAACAUUAAGCACUUGUUGCUUCCAUUUAAGUCCAUACUUAAUACAGUCUGAUGACCAGACACUCUGUCAGCGGGAAAUUAUACCUUAAUAAUUUUUCACUUGAGCCACAUCUUUGUAGGACUGUAGAUGACCAUUAACUGAUUAUUUCUUAUCAGAAGGGAGUUAAGCGGCAGAGACAGUUUCCCAAUGUUUAAAUAUGAGGCUGGACAAGUCCUACAGUAUUGUGAAUUGCCUAAAACAGGUAAACAUCAUUUUGGAACAUUGCUGCAUCAACGUGGGGUCUGAAGCUCACACCAUGAUGCUGUGAGCUUCUGCACUCCUUGUCACUUGGCAUUGAGGUUGACUUGCUUCCUCUCUGGCUUUGUGAAUGCUGAGGCCAAUAUCUGGCAUCGAGACCCUUCCACAGAAGGGUGGAGAGGGAGCUGACGGCACAGGCGGGUGGGCAGUUUGUGAGUUGGUGAUUCUGUGUGCACCCAGUGGACAUGAGGUUCUCAACAUCAUGCCUAACGUUCCUUCACCACUGUGAGCGAUCAGGGCCAGGGAUUCCCAAGAGUCGGUCAUUGCUUCAGGAAGGCUUUGAGAACAUCCUUGCUGCCAUGCUGCUAUUUACCGAUGUCUUAUCACCUGAGUGACACCAUGAGAAAUGAUCCUCGUGAAGGUAGAGCAUUAAUUAUGCCACAGUAAGUGGUGGGGGUCACCACGGAUCAAUGGAUAACCUGAUGAACUUUGUCAGAGUGAAGCACCAAAUACUAUUAUUAAACCGAGACCAUGAACAUGUGGUACAUCUGCCACAGUUCACUAUAACAGGUGUACCGUGGGGUUAAAGUAGAGGUGUACACUUGGUUAUCAAGGAGGAUGUUAGAGCGCUCUCCAUGACCAUAGGCCAAUGAAGUACUUGUUUGAAAUGUAGUCACUGGUGUAAUAAGUUCAAGGAGCAGAAUUAGGCCAUUUGGCCCAUCAAGUCUACUCUGCCAUUCAUUCAUGGCUGAUUUACCUUUCUCUCGCAACCUCGUUCUCCUGCUUUCGCCCCACAACCCCUGACAACCGUACUAAUCAAGAAUCUAUCAAUCUCUGCCUUAAAGAUAUCUAUUGACUUGGCCUCCACAGAUUCACCACCGACUAAAGAAAUUCCUUCUUAUCUCCUUCCUAAAGGUACGUCCUUUUAUUUUUGAGGCUAUGACCUCUAGUCCUAGACUCUCCCACUAUUGGAAACAUCCUCUCCACAUCCACUCUAUCCAGGCCUUUCACUAUUCGUAAUAUAUUCGAAACAUGGCAGUCAGAUUGUGAAGAGCAAGUUCUCACAAGCAGCAAUGAGCAGAGUAAUAUGUUUUCAUGAUAUUGAGUGAGUGAUAAAAGUCAGGAUGACUCUCUCCUCUUUAAAUAGCCUCACAGCAUUAUCAUCUAGCAUCAAUGUUUCAUAAGUGUUAUUGCACCUCGUUCUUCUACUAUGCAUUGUUUGUAAAUACGUCUAAUGCUUUAAUGGCUAUAAUGUACAAUAUUGUGGCAUAAUCUGUUUAGGAACUGUUUAAGAAAUACUCUCCAAAAUCUAUGAUUAGUAAUCAAACAGCACCAUCAAUUUUAUGUCAUGAAUGUUUUUUUGUGAUGCGUGGCAUGUCAGCUGCUGUCGUCUCCAAAUAGUGGUUUAAAAAACACCGUGGGGAAAAUAUAGACCGCUGGACUGCAUGGCUGUGGUGGGGAAAUCAAUUUGAAAAGAAAAUUUACUGUCAUAUUAUAUAUAUUUUAUCAGUGAUAACAGAUUAGGUGAUUGUAAUGUUGCAAUUCAAAUUUCAUUCAUAAACUACUAUUAGAAUCUGA